CAAAAAUCCUGGAAUUUCUCGUAUACAUCAUCUGUAUCUAUGACAAUUUAAAAACAUGGCUACCAUGUGAAGAUUAAUUGGUUGGUUUGCACGCUGUAAACAAGUUUCUAUCUCUCUAGUUUGUCAUGAGAGCACUGUUUUGCGUUGCCGAUUGCACGAAUCGCCAAUUGACAGAAACGUGCCCCAUAUCCUGAAGCUAGAUCGAGAGUCCACCGAAAGCGCCAAAACAACUUUCGGGAGUGAAAGCCCCUACGCGAACUGACAGUAGCACAGCAGAUUUUGUUUCCCACGAGCGACUGAUAUCUGUGGCCUUCAUUCUAUUAUCUGGAAAUAUUCUCCUCUUGCUGCGAAACCGAAGUGCAUUGCAAAUUUGUAUAGAAAUUCUCCCAAAAAUGCAAUUAAGGAAGCUCUGAGAAGUGGAACGUGAGAAUUUUAUGUGUGAUCUGUAUCAUUUAUGAAGAUACUGCUCUGUAACAAACAUCCAUGGAUACUGCAUGUUUUGAUACCAUUAUGCGUCAUCCAAAAACCAUCAUUCAUUUGGAUGUUGACUGUUUCUACGCUCAAGUGGAAAUGAUUAAUCAUCCCGAAUUGGAGGGAAAGCCGUUAGGGGUUCAGCAAAAAAACAUAGUGGUCACCAGCAACUAUCUGGCGAGAGAAUAUGGAAUAAAAAAAUGUAUGUCGGUGCAAGAAGCUUUGCGGUUAUGUCCGGAGCUGGCAUUGGUAAAUGGAGAAGAUUUAACAAACUAUCGUAACUAUUCGACCAAGAUAACUGAAAUUCUGCACCAGUUUACGCCAUUAGUGGAAAGAUUAGGUUUUGACGACAAUUUUCUCGAUGUUACGUCAAUAGUGGAAAAACAGCUUAAAUCUCAAAAUGAUACGGAACUUGACAUGAGUAACUCGAGUAUAGAAUUUGAAGAUUUAAAAGAAGUGAGCAAAAUAUUUGGCCCCUUGGAAGAGGAGUGUCCAUGUGGCUGUCAUACACGCCUGAUGAUCGGCUCGAAAAUAGCAGCUGAGAUAAGGAAUCGCAUAUACGAAGAAUUGCACCUUACUUGCAGCGCUGGAAUAGCACAUAAUAAACUUCUGGCCAAAUUGGCAGGAUCAUUAAACAAGCCAAAUCAACAGACAUUAAUCUUUCCAUGCAGUGGUCCAAUGUUACUCUCCACGAUAGGUUCAGUGUCAAAGAUACCUGGUGUUGGACAAAAGACUACAGAAUUAUUGUUAUCGAAUAAUAUAAGGACAGUUGACGAUUUACGCAGAUUACCUUUAGAAAAUCUGGAAUUAAAAAUUGGCGUGGAUCUAGCGAGAAGAUUGAAGGACAAUGCUGAAGGAAUUGAUGACACAGUAGUAAAACCAUCUGGAAAGAAACAAUCCAUAGGUCUGGAAGAUGGAUUCAAAAGCGUUUCGCUGGUAGCUGAGGUAGAAUCGCGAUUAGGUGCACUAUUAAGAAGAUUAACCGAAUUAGCAAUGGAGGAUGGUAGAAUUCCCAUUGCUAUGAGAAUAACAGUGAGAAAGCAUGACUUGAACAAACCCACUUCGGGUAAGAGGGAAACUAGACAAUGCGCGUUGCCGAAACAUCUCUUACCGUCCACGAGAAACGGCAUGUACGAUCACAGUAAAAUGUUGACACUCGCCAUGAAGCUAUUCCAUCGAAUAGUCGACGUCUCCAAACCGUUUCACUUGACACUUUUGGGAGUUGCAUUCACGAAGUUCGAGGAGAGAUCAUAUGGCAGGAGUAGUAUCGCACCUUUCUUGUGCAAACAGGUCGCCGUCCAUUCCGUUUUAGACAUCAGCUCCGAAGAAGGUAUUUCCGAAGCAAAUCAGGGAUCGCCGAUGAGUAUUAAUCAAGACAGCAACGACAGCUCAGAUCAAUCGGCGAUGAGCUUGACGAGUACUGCUGCGUCGAGUCUUUCGUGCUCACCAAUCUCGAAAUUGUGCGUGACAAGUCAGAAUGCAGAGGACGACUUGCAAAACGAGACAGAACCACUACCGAAGAAAACUAAAUUGGAAGUGUGGCUGAGAGGUCCUCGAGAAUCGCCGAGUAACGAAAUGGCUGGUCUAAGACUAAGCCCUUCAUCACCAAUGCAAUUAUCACCUACGGUAGACCCUACAGUUUUCAAAACUUUGUCCGUUGAGAGGAGAGAGGUUACUCGUUCUUGGCCCACAACCAGCAAACCAAAACCAAACAAUAUACUUAAAUAUUUCAUAGCCAAUAAGUGACGGAGCUCUGUGAGCUAGUAUUUGAAUGUCGCGUUUACAUAUGCACUUGAAUCGACAAUGUUAAAUGGCAGCACCGUAUGAUAUUAUACAGAAUUCUUUAUUUUUAAUAUUUUGAAUGCCAAAUUUUAAAGUACAAAAAACUUGUUAUGACAAAUUAUCCAGGUUUUUUUUUCUAAACUAACAAAUUGAAAAGCCUCACAGUGUCCAUAUAUUUACAGGGAAUACAUUUAAAAUGUCUAUAUAUUUAUAGUGUUCAUAUAUAUACAGGGAAUACAUCUAAAGUUUUGUUUUAAUAAAAGCAGAAGAGAACAGUAUUAAUAAAUGUUAAUUUUUUAAUCUGGAUAUAUUGUGCAAGGACACUUGCAAUACUUUCUUUGAAUUGAUUUUGAAAACAAACGUUUUGAAAGCUUGAAUAACUAAUGUUUAUGUCACUUUUUUUUAUUUUAUUGCUGUAAAUUGAUGUCCUAAAAUUUUGAUGUACAACCAAGAAUCAUUCUGCAUAAAUUUCUCUUCUGUGCCUUUAUUGCGUACAUGUUUUAAUUGUUUAAUUAAAGUGCAUUUGCAGAUUUUUGUGAACGAAAGAGAGUGCGUUUGUACGCGCGCGCAUGUGUUUAUGUGUGUGUAUCCGUGUUCAAUUGCAUUUAAUAUAUUGUUCUAGUUUUAUAUAACAUAGUGCGACGAAAGUCAUAGUUUUAUAUUGAUCCAUAUCAUUUUUACAUUAUUUUUGACAGCAGAAAUUAAAAAUAUUGUAACAAUCUUUUAUUAUAAUUAUUUUUCAGUGUUAUAUUAUCAGUAACAUAUUUCUAAAAAGAGUUAUGUACUAAUUCAUAAUACAAUUUAAUUUUGUUGUAAUUUAAAAAGAACCUUUCAGGAAGACAAUUACUUUGAAAAUUUUAGUUUUUCAGUUAUAUAUUUAUCAUUGAUGCUGUCGCCUUUACUAAAAUGCAAUAUGAGUAUUGAUUUACUGUAACGCAUAUGAUUUUUAUAUAGAUACAAUACAUGUAUUAAGAGCAGUCUGUUUUUAAUUGAACAAAAUUAUAAAAAGAAUAUAAUUACCUAUUAUAGUUUAUAUGACAAAAGUUGACAAGCACAUUAAACAAGUAAGAAGCGUGUCAAGCGUAUUAAACAAAUAUACACCUAUCGUGUUAUAAGUAAUUGAAAUAAGGUGCUGACAUUCGAUGUUGUAAUCCUUGAUGGAUAAGUAAUUAUAAUUUAACGUCCUGAGAAAUUCUAUUUUUAGUACUGUUAAAUUAAGGAUCAAAAACGGUAUAAUUACAGUAUAUUGAAUUUUGUUUGCUACAGACACACGCGUGUGAAAGAAGAUCUCAUGUCAGUUGUCACAUUUUUAUUGUUAUAAAUGAAAGUUAGAGAUCUUCGUGUGUCUGUGGCAUCGAAAUUUGAAUUCACAGUUGGUGAAACUUCUCGAUCUCUGUGUAAUAUACACGUGGAAUAUCAGGCGACAAAAUGUUUCGAAAAUAAUACUCGAUUAUUCCCGUCAGAACCAGCCACUGGCGUGGAGCUUUUUUUCAUUGAGAAAUAUAGUAUAUAAAUAUAUAUGUAAUUACUCGAGAGACAUAUACUAGACAAUCAUAAAGUUUUAAUGCCACUUCUCAAUAUGGCACACGAGAUUAAUUAUUAUAUGUAUAUAUUAUAUGUACAUAUAUAUGUAUAUUUAUAUAUAUGUAUGUAUAUAUGUAUAUAUACACACAUAUACAUAUGUGCAUGUAUAUAUGUAUAUUUCAUGACGUGUAUGUAUGUAUGUCAUGAAGCACACCAUCCAUUGCUAGCUGUGUGACACAGGAUUGUCACGCGCGAGUUACGAUUUUACUUUUUACAGAUACUUAAAGGACAUUUGUCGCAUAUGGGUGGGGGAGUUCACAGGUGAUAAAUUGAAACAAUGUAGCUUUUGUAUUUGCGGAACAUAGAAUAUUCACUAAGAUUGCUUACGUUGUGUAAGAAAAAAGAGAAAGGAAAUGUGGGAGAGAGAUGAAGCGAUAUAGCAUCCAGCGCUCGAUCAAGGCUCUGCCGAGUGUUUCUAUUUUUUAUUUAUUUUUAUCAUUACAACAUAAGCGAAAUGGUGUUUUUAUUUUUAAUUUCUGGUUGUGAGUACCUAUAUUUUAUACGGACUUCGUUUAGACGGGAAUACGCGGCGUUGCGAAACACCGUUCACGGGUCAACGUCGAGGUCGAGAUCAAACGCAGAAACGCGCUUGAAAUAACAAUGCGUCGGAUAUCGACGCGAAAAUGUUUCAGUUUCAGCGCGACCUAGGCGGCUUUGACUUUAUGGCAACGCGCAGCACGCGUUACUUCCGAUUUAUUUCAAUAAAAUAGAAAAAAACUUGAAAUGCAA